CUUUCCUCCUUUCCAAGGCAAGCCAGUGACACGCGGUUAGCGCGCUUCAGCCCAGCAUCAUCUAAGCGCAAAAUAUUCUAAAGCCAUGGCAAGGCCUAGAGUUUUCUUCGAUAUGACCGCCAACGGCAACCCAGUUGGAAGAGUGAUUAUGGAGCUGAGAGCUGAUGUCGUCCCCAAAACUGCAGAGAACUUCAGGCAGUUGUGCACAGGUCAGCCUGGCUUUGGCUACAAAGGAUCCACCUUCCAUCGUGUCAUUCCCGGCUUUAUGUGCCAGGCAGGUGACUUCACGAACCAUAAUGGAACUGGUGGCAAGUCCAUUUAUGGCAACAAGUUUGAAGAUGAGAACUUUACACUGAAACACACUGGUCCUGGCUGCCUGUCCAUGGCCAAUGCUGGCCCCAACACCAACGGUUCCCAGUUCUUCAUCUGCACAGAUCGUACUUCAUGGCUGGACGGUAAGCAUGUUGUCUUCGGACAGGUUGAGGAGGGCAUGGAGGUCAUCAGGAAAGUGGAGGGCUAUGGUUCUAGCAGUGGAAAGACCAGUGCCAAGAUUGUCAUUGCUAACUGUGGCCAGCUGUAAACGCCUCUACCACUAACAUUCACCCAAACCCUAGUCUAGUCCCCCUCAGUGCUCUUUCUUAAAUCCUGCCGCUAACCGCAACAUUCCUAUCAAAGUUCUGCAACCCCCCCCC